AUGAGGCACAACUGCACUUGUUCAACAACACCGGACUCUGCAUUCUCAGUAGUGGCAGCUCGCCUUGGCUUCUCACCAUCCACGCUUCUCUUUGGCUUCUCGCCAUCGAUAGCUCGCCGCAGCUUCUCGCCACUGACCCUUUACUUCGGCUCCUCGCCACCAACCCUUCAUUUCCGCUUGUCGCCAGUGGCCCUUCACUUCAGGUUCUCGCUACCGACGCCUAGCCUCAACUUAUCGCCACCGACCCUUCACUUCAGCUCCUUGCCACCAACCCUUUACUUCUGCUCCUCGCCACCAACCCCUCAUUUUAGCUUCUCGCUAGCAGUCCUUCACUUUGGCUUCUCGUCGCCGACACCUCACCUCAGCUACUCGCCAUCGACGCUUCACUUCAGCUCCUGGCCACUGACCGAUCACUUUGGCUCAUCGCCAACAACCCUUCAUUUCAGCUUCUGGCCACCAACCCUUCGCUUCAGCUCCUCGCCACCAACCCAUUAUUUGGCUAGCCGCCACCAACCCUUAACUUCAGCUUCUCCCAUCGACCCUUCACUUCAGCUACUCUACACAGACAGCUCGCUUCAGCUUCUCGCCACUGACCCUUUACUUUGGCUCAUCGCCACCAACCCAUCAUUUCGGCUUUUCUCAUUGACCCUUCACUUCAGCUACUCUCCACAGACAGUUCACCUCAGCUUCCCGCUACUGUCCCUUUACUUUGGUUCCUCGCCACCAACCCUUCAUUUCGGCUACUAG